GGGCGGUGUAGAGUAAAAGGCGGAUGGUACUGGAGGUAACGGCUCUGACGUCUUGUUCGCUGCAGACUGUGGAUGGAGUCACAACUGAAAAUAAAGUCUCAGGAGAUGAAACUGAUUUAAUUUUAUUUCAAGAAAGGUCUCAAAACCACCUGAUGCUGAGGACUAAUCUGGCCAACUAAGGCUAAAACACACACAAACAAACAAACACACACACACAGAGAGAGAGAGAGAACCAUGGCAUCAGACCCACCCAUCCUGACAGAACAGGAGGAACUGGAGAGGAGAGCCAAUCAGGUCACAGAUGAGUCUCUGGAAAGCACAAGACGGAUGAUGCAACUGGUGGAGGAGGUAAACACAAACACACAUGCUGGGAUCAGAGCUCUAGUGAUGCUGGAUGAACAAGGAGAGCAGCUGGAGCGUAUUGAAGAAGGCAUGGACACCAUCAACAGGGACAUGCGGGAGGCAGAGAAGAACUUGACAGACAUGGCCCAGUGCUGUGGUUUGUGUGUCUGGCCAAUCAGGAAACUCAAGGCCUUCGAGGAGAGCGGAGCUUACAAAGCUGUGUGGGGCGGAGCCUCUGCUCAGGACGGUAUUGUGUCCAAUCAGCCGCCAUCGUCACGGGUGGUUGAUGCACGGGAACAAAUGGUCAUGAGUGGAGGAUACAUACGAAGGGUGACUAACGACGCCCGUGAAGAUGAGAUGGAGGAGAACCUGGCCCAUGUGGGCAGCAUUGUAGGAAACCUGAAGAGUAUGGCUCUGGAUAUGGGCAACGAGAUUCUCCUGCAGAAUGAUCAGAUCGAUCGCAUUCAGGGAAAGGCCAUCCUUAACGUGUCCCGCAUAGACGCAGCAAAUCAGAAAGCUAAUAAUCUCAUGAAGCGAUAGAAGUACAUCCUCAUCCUCAUCCUCAUCCUCACUAUAUAUCAUCCUGUCACAGCCUCAUCCUAUUUGCACC